CCGGAGUCGAGUCGUUAGCGGGGGAAAAGAGACUCCUGGGGUUUCUUCCUUCCUAAAGCCGGUAGCGAACGCAGGCAUCGAUGAAGCGUUUCUUCCAGCCGAUUGCGAAGGACGGGCCCUCGAAGAAGCCGGCGCUCUCCACCGCAGACUCUGCUCCUCCUUGCCCCGGCGGAGGCGGCGGUGGCGGAGACGAGGAGGAGAAGGGAGAGAAGAGGGAGGCGCCAAUGAGGUUCUUGACGUGGAACGCCAACAGCCUCCUCCUCCGCGCCAAGAACAACUGGCCCGAGUUCUCCCGCCUCGUCCAGUCCCUCGACCCCCAUGUCAUCUGCUUUCAGGAAGUGCGUAUGCCUGCAGCUGGAUCCAAAGGUGCUCCUAAAAAUCCUAAUGAACUAAAAGAUGACACAAGCUCUUCGCGUGAGGAAAAGCAGGUGCUAUUGCGUGCUUUGUCAAAUCCCCCUUUUGGAGAAUAUCGUGUUUGGUGGUCUCUUUCAGACUCUAAGUAUGCUGGUACUGCUUUGCUCGUUAAAAAGCAACUUCGCCCGAAGAAGAUUUCUUUCUCGCUAGACCGGGCAGCUUCAAAACAUGAACCGGAUGGUCGGGUGAUUUUGGCUGAAUUUGACUCAUGUUUCUUGCUAAAUACUUAUGCACCAAACAACGGUUGGAAGGAGGAAGAAAACUCAUUUAAAAGAAGACGAAAAUGGGAUAAAAGAAUUCUUGAGUUUGUACUACAAAUUGAGAAACCCUUAAUUUGGUGCGGAGACCUAAACGUUAGCCACCAAGAAAUUGAUGUGAGCCAUCCUGAGUUCUUUAGCAACGCAAAGCUAAAUGGAUACAUUCCUCCAAAUAGAGAGGAUUGUGGACAACCAGGAUUUACUUUGUCAGAGAGGAGGCGUUUUGAUAAUAUACUGACUCAAGGGAAGCUGGUUGAUGCAUACAGAUUUCUCCACAACGAGAAAGACAUGGAAUGUGGCUUUUCCUGGUCUGGCAACCCUGUCGGCAAAUACCGAGGUAAACGAAUGAGGAUUGACUAUUUUAUAGUCUCAGAGAAAUUGAAGGACAGAAUUGUUGCAUGUGAGAUGCACGGGCAUGGGAUUGAACUUGAAGGUUUUUGUGGAAGUGAUCACUGCCCUGUUUCACUUGUGCUCUCAGAGGAACCAUGACAACCUGAUUUUUUGGUGAUGGUUUUGCUUGUAGUGAUAAUUCAGUGCAGUGAUUGCUCUUUUCCUAAAACUGCUUUCUUGUUUUA